AUGGUUACAGAGCUGGGUUUGGAGGGUGAUACUUGGGUUAGUGAAAUGUAUGAAAAAAGGGAAAUGUGGGCUGCAACUUACUUUCGUGGAAAGUUUUUUGCUGGUUUUAGGACGACAUCAAGGUGCGAGGGUUUUCACUCUCAACUGUUGAAGUUUGUCCGAUCAAGGCACAACUUGCUUGAGUUUGUUCAGCACUUCCAUCGAUGUCUUUCGUACAUGCGGUAUAAGGAACUAGAUGCUGAUUUCAAGUCUGGUUUUGGUGAUCUUCCGUUGCAAACUAAUUUUAAGGGUCUUGAAAGGUCAGCUGCAAGAAUUCUUACUAGGGAGGUUUUCAAUUUGUUUGUCCCUGCUAUUAGUCUUGCGUCAGGAAUGCUUGUAACAGAAUUGAAACGUGCAGUAGGUGAUAAACGGUACAAAGUUGUACAAUAUAGAAAAGAAUCAAAGGCAUGGAAUGUUUACUGUGAACCUUCGACAGUUGACUUCAAGUGCUCUUGUGAAAAGAUGGAGACAUAUGGGCUGCCAUGUGAACAUAUAUUGGGAGUUCUUGUAUUUCUCCACAUUACUGAGUUGCCAAUUUCUUUAGUUUGUAAACGAUGGACUAAAGGUGCAAAAGAUUGUUUAAAUGGAGAAGCAAUAGAAGGCUCAUUUUUUUGGGAAUCUGAUGUGAUUGCUAGAUAUGUUUGGUUGGUUGAGUCAUGCAGGGAAUUGUGCUCCCUAGCUAGUAAGACUGUUGAAGAUUUCCACAGUGUGAAGGAGAUAAUUGCGCAUGAGAAACAGUUAUUAAAAGGCAAGGGUGUAACAGAAGAAGACAGCAACAUUGAAAGGGAUCCUAAUGUUCCCUCGGGUGUUAAUAAUUUGGGACCUGUUAGGCAACAUCGUGUUCAACCAACAUCAUCAUCCUCCGGUUUAACCACGAAGCGUACGAUUAGAUGUACUGUAUGUAGAGUGGCUGGUCACAACAGAUUGACGUGUCCUUUGUUAAGAGACAUUGACUAUGAAAAUCACAACCUUCAAAUGGAUGAAGACAAUGAGAGUAUGGGUAGUGAAGAUGAAGAUGGUGACUAUGAUGGUUUAGAUUAUGACCAUGAGGAUGAAGGUAUGUGA